AUGGGGCGCGCGCAGAAGCCUUCCUGGCACGGAUGCAGACAGGUUCAGGACAGCACCCGGCAGAGGCUCUUGGAAGAGACGAGUUUGUGCAUGCAGCACAUGGAGGCGCUCCAGCAGUGGCACUCACAGCUGGCGUCUGUGCUCAAGCAUGUGCUGGGCCAGUGCCAGGUUCAAGUCUCCGUUGGACCAACGUUGGCUUCAAUCCACCAGUGGGCGCGGCAACAGCGGCAGAGGCAGCUGGAAGGCCUUGCUGCUUUGUGGAAGCUGCUCUAUGGGGAUGCUGAAGGUCCGACGCAGGUGGUGUUAGAGUCCUCGGAGUCGCAGGUGUUGGAAGCUGUGCGGCAGCUCGUGCGACAGUUGCUCGACACGGUGGCGGAAGUGCCACGCGUCGCCAAGCGCCCGCAGCCGCCCGCAGAGCCGCCGCCGGAGCACUUGUUGAGGCGCAGGGGCACGCCCGAGGACUCCGUCUCUAAGCCUCCUUAUCCGACGCUGUCAUCCUUGGAUCAGCGCAGCUUUGAGAGUCAGCAGCAGGAGUUUGAGAGCCAGAAGCGCCAACUACAGCAGGAGCUCGCGAGUCUUCUGCAGCAGCGCGCGCCUGAGGGCCGCAGGACCUCAGGGCUGCAGCUGCUCCAAGAGCUCGAGCAGCUCAGCGCGCAGGGGCAUCACAACCACGUGCGCUUCCGAGAGCUGGAGGAGAGGCUGCGGCAGGAGCUGCAGGUCUCCCAGCAGAGCCAGGUGGAGCAGCAAGUGCUUCAGCAACUGGAGCUGGAGAUGGAGCUGCAAAAGCAGGAGGCCUUGCAGCAAAGCGAGCCCAGCGGAGAGGGGUCGGAAGAGCACAGAGACUCGCGAUUUGGAGAGCUCCGCUUGGCCCUGCAAGAGACGCUGCAGCGACUUGAGCAGAUCAAUGCCUGGCAACCAUCCAUCGAUGAGGAGCAGCGACAAACCUUGUGGAUGUACCUGCAAGCCGAGUUGGCCAACGUCAAGCCAGACCCAAUCUGCCCAAAGGAUUGGAAUUGGAAGGGCAAGGGCCGUCCUUUCAAGGGCAAAACCACCUUCGUCACAGGCGAAGGCAAAGCCCGAGAUGUGAAACGCCUGAAUGUGUUUCAGCCAGGCGCCGCUCAGACGCUGAAGGAGCAGAGGCCCCCGGCUCCGGCACAAGUCCAUCAGCCGGGCUCAGGCCAAAGCGAAAGCGCAGCGAGCUUCGCAUCGCAGGCAUCGGCAUCGCAGGAUGCAGCUGCCGAGUCAAGGAGCGCUGCUGUGCCGAGUGCUGUGCCAAAGGUCGACUUUUUCAAGGCGCACGGCUCCGUGGCGCGUGUGCUCGCGAAGCUGAGGGGGCGCCAGCAAAACCCCGACCUUGCCGUGCCAAAGGGGCCGAAGGGGAAUGAAGUUGCCAGCCAGGCUUGCGGACCUGCGCUGACAAACUCGGAUGUGACCUCUGAGAUCCAACUUGAGCCGAUCUCGAGCGGCCUGGAGCAAUCUGGUGGUGCUUGUGGAGAUGUUGAGCAAGUCCCACUGACGGGCAUUUGGGAAGGAGAGCAAGGCACAAAUCCCGUUGACAAGCCGCAGGGCGCAUCUGACCUUCCUGGCGACCAGACAGAUGGCUUGCUGCGAGAGGCCUCAGAGCCUCCCGCUGCAUCGCUGGAUGAGCCCAGAGGAGUUUGGAAGAGUAGCGCUUGGUGGAAGGUUCACAUCAAGGCAUCAAGUGAGGGCAGUGAGGCGCUGGGGCACACGGCGACGGUGCGGACCGCGCAGGGGUCUUUGGAUGGGCAGGAAGUCGGCAUCAGCGAGAAGACAGGAAAGACAUCGCCGAGCAAAUUGCCCUGCGAUGUGGGCAGCGCUGCAGAGACAGAGGCAGCCACAGGUGUUGCAGGUGGUGACGCACAUGGAGCUGCCGGCACAGACAAUUGCAACACCGAAAGUGCUACCAACACCGACCAUGUUGCAGAUAAGGUGGCUCAACCUAAGGAUGCUGAAGGUACUGCUACCGUUUUAGCUGGCGGCUUUGCUGGUGCCGCAGGCUCUGCUCCAGAUGGGCACAUUCGUACAGGGGUGGAGGUCCCUGAACAUCUAGAUCAGCCCGAUUUCCGUGUGGCUUUCCGUUUGGGCCCUGAUCACGUGCUUCGUCCGAAGCUGCCUUGGUCAUCCAGACUUCCUCGGUCGCUGCUUGCUGGCAUGGACGGGGGGGACGCGGAAGCGGAGGCGCCUGUGCGCCCAGAUGGCACUGUGCGGUUGAGGGUCUUUGACGGAGAUUUGGAGCAGCAGGGCUUCGCAAUAGAGCUGCCAUGCAUCGUCUUUGGUUCGAGCCUGCGACAUGCUCACGUCGCAGAUGGAACUCACAGCUCCAUCAAAACGGAGCACGCAGCGUUGGUGUUUGCAGCUCCGGAUUCCUAUCUACUGCAGCCGAUCCAUGGGGAAGUGACUCUGACAGCUGCUUCCAGCCAUGCAGCCGUGAGCAACGCGCUUCUGCGUGAGCGCAGAGCUGCACCUCAAUCCAAGGUGUCGAAGCUUCUUGGCGUUGGAAGCAGCCCGGAAGAUGUCACAAGGCAGUACUGCUGUUUUCAGCUUGGAAAGUCGGCAUUGGUCUUCUUCCUGGACCUGCUGCCCUCUGCUGCUAGUGUGCGGGCGCUGGGCACAUCACGGCACCUGCUGCACGCCUUCAUUGACGGUCAGACGCGUGCGGCUGAAGUGAAGCGACGAAGCGCACUCGACUCGGUACGAGAAGGGCGCGAGACGGUUUCGACGGCUUCGACGCUUUCGAAGGAUGCGCCGAAGACACCGCCGGUCAAUCUGCCCUUUCGAAGCUUGGAGACGAGAGCCAGAUCCCCAAGCGUUUGGAGACACGACAAGGUUCAGAGAUCUCCCAGUAGGGCGGGCUCCCCGAAGCGGCAGCGAGAGCCCAGCUCGGAGAGUUUGCCGAAGAGGCCCCGCGGCAAGAGCAAGACGAGGAAGCUUUCGCGCUCGCGUGCGGGGAGACGGUCCCGGAAGAGAAGGUCAGAAGGAGAAGCUGAAGCACACAAAGCACGCAGUUCCAGCGUGAAGGAAUCAAGAAAACUCAAAGCCAAGAGACGAAAGACGCACAGGCAAGAGCCGAAGCGGCGGAAGCGGUCCCGCUCCCAGCGCCGGGUGCGCAGGAGGCGAGAGAAAUGUGCUCGAGCGAAGGCGAAGCGAUCGGAGAGCAAAAGUCAGGCUGAUGGCGAAGCUGACACAGAAGGCGUGGAAGAUGAAGAGCCCCAGGAGGCGGAGGACGAGGAAGAUGAGGAAGUUGGAGAAGCUGUAGAACAAGAAGAGGCUGAGGAAGCAGGUGAGCUUUUCAAGCUGCGAUCGGUGCAAGACUAUCCGGCAAAAGGCCUUUUCAGCUGGGUAUCGCUCCUUCGCAUUUCCAGACCCUGGAUUUGGAAUCGGGAGGUGCUAAAGCUGAAGCAAGAGGCGGACAUCAUUGCCAACGAAUUGCGUGCGAAAGCAGAUGCGGCAAAGCAGUCAGCGCUUGAGAGGCCGCCUUCACACAUGCCCAGCCACUCCGUGGGCGAGACGCUCCCGAUGUUGGAAUACGAGCUUCCCCAGGUGGUGACUGCGAGUGACCUCAAGCGCAUAGAGGACUUCGGGUGUGAUACAUGCGAAAUGGUGACGACCUUGAUGAACGGCAAACUUGGCUGGUACAACAUUGGACAAGAGAACCUUUGGCGGGUCGCCUGGGCUGCGGCCUUUCAACUUGCAGGAGUCGCGCUUUGGGUCCCGGCAUCCUUGGCUGAGUUGGAGCCAUGCCUGCACGUCACGAACCGCUGGUCAGUGGCCGGCGUAUUGGUCUCAGAUGCAGUUGAUCAGUCUGAGAUGAUCUCUUUCGGGAGCAUGUGCGUCAUGCUCGCAAGCCUAUGCCUCAUGAUCUAUUUGCAGCUCAUCCCCUAUGAGUUGCACGUACAUUCGCACGCCAAUCCUGACAAUUGGCUGUUUCAGAUCAAGUUCCUCCAGGAUCUCUACAAGGGCUUCAACCCCUUGCCUUGGCUGCGGUUGGUGGUGGAUGGUGUGCUCCUGGCGGCCGGCUCAGUGGUCGGAAGCCCGCCGCCCGCCGCUGUGAAGCUCAAGCCCACCGCCCGGAAGGCGAAAGAUGGCAGACGGGGAGCACGGAGGCGAAAGCGGCAUGUUUGGCGGCUUGAGACGCAGCGGCAGCGGCUGGCUGCCUGCGCGCCGGAAGUCUUAGCCAUCAAGGCCUUGAUCCAGCGCGAGAAAUGCGUUCAAGAGACGUCGGACCGCAUGAGGCAAUGGUGUAAAGAUCGCUUCACUGCAGACCGAUGGCUCGACGAGAACGAAAGGGAAUGGUACGCUCUUGGCCGUCUUUGUCGUUCGCGCCCGUGGGCAUCAAAUAGGGACAAGGCUUUCCCAUAUCCAUUCCGCGAAGCUACCGCUCGCAUGAUCCAAGCUGAGGGAGAAUGGGUUGGCGGUGCGCGGCAGCCUUCAAGGGCCGUGCGGCGAGAGAUGAGCUGCGAGGUCGUGACUCAGGUUCAUGUGCCUCCCAUUUUUCCUCCUGAACAUCGUGUUCUUCUUUUUGCGCCUGAGUUCGGGACGGACCGGUCCUUUGACGUAGAGUUGUGGAGCUAUUUGGAACCCGAAGACCAGGUUGAUCUCUCGGUCGUCUGUUGGCUGGGCUGGACGGAUUUCAAGGUGAUGAUCGAGCAAGUGCUGGACAAGGUGCUCGCCUUUGGAGAUGGGGUGAGUACCGUCUGGUUUGGCCAAGGCAUGGGAGCCGUCGUUGCCUACGAGUUGCUCAAGAUUAUUGAAACCAGACAGAUUCAGACCCCGAAUCUGCCGGUAGCUCUAGUGGUCUCUGAUUGUCCUGCCCCUCACCUGGUCUCCAGAUACCGGCCGUAUGAUGCCGAAGACUGGGCGGCGCAGGUCGCCGCGUAUCCGCCAGACCAUCAGAGGACCGCGGCCGAGGUUGUUUCAAUGAUGAAGUCAUACUCGUGUGCGCAUGCCUCCCGGACGUUGCCGGUUCCCAUUGCCGCAUGCUGGCAUGGAGGAAGGCGUGUCGAUGCAGCAUCUAUCAAGGCGUGGGCAGACUACGGAAAGGGCUUUGCCUUUGAGGAGUUUGGAAAUGCGGAAGAAGAGUGGUAUUUGGAAGGCAUUGGCCCUGCAGCAAAGCCUGAACCAGCCUUGCUCAGCAUGAUGUCACAGACCCUCAAAGAUUUCUGCAGAUGGAAUGAGGAGGCCUACCCCGACAUUGGCCCUGUGGAAGGUGCUAUUCCCGAAAAAGUGGACUGCGUCAUCGUGGGGGCUGGAAUCGCAGGCAUUUAUCAGGCCAAAGUCCUGGCAGAAGGCGGCAAAUCCUUUGUGGUCUUCGACCGCUACCACACCAUUGGUGGAGUCUGGGAGUUCUACGGCAACGACUACUCGCGAGUGAACACCUCGGAGAUCGGCUACCGGAUUCUGGACAAGCGGGGUGUUUGGGCACGGCCCAACGAAGAUCACACCCCGCGCCGGGACAUCAUGCGCGACAUCUACGACAUAGCAAGUGAAUAUGCGCAUGACAAAAUCCGUUGCCGGAUGAACGUGCAGAAGGUUGAAAAGCAGAAGGAUGGAACCUAUCAUGUGCACGUGCAGUCAUUGACAGAUGCAAAGGCCUAUGUUGUCAAGACAACAGCAGUGAGCUUCCAAGUCAACCGGCGCAUCGGCAAGCGUCGCAUCGUGGAUUGGGAGGACUCGGAGAAGUUCAAGGGCACCAUCUGCUAUGGCUACGGCAACGAGCCUGCCAACCUGGACUUUUGGAACAAGCGCGUGCUCGUCGUUGGAGCGGGGGCCUUCGCCUUCGAGAACGUGAGAACGUCGAUCGAGCACGGCGCGAGACAUGUCACUUUGCUCGGGCGUCGAGACGGCACGACAUGCCCGAAAUGGAUUGAUAUGAUUGCCUUCUUGCGGCCGCUGGACGAAAACUUGCAGACAAACAAGGCUGGCAACAUGAUCAGCUUUGAAGUUUGGCAGAAGUGCUAUCAGGAUGCUGGUGUUCGAACACCUGGUUGCUGGGCGGAGGGCUUAUUGAAGCCGAACAAUCAUACGAUCUCAGUGUCUGAUCUUGCUUUCAUCGCUGGGUACCACGGCUUGGCAGAGCUCCGGGUUGGCGAGAUCGCUCGAAUUCGUGGCGAUGGCAGGGGCGUGGUCUUGAAGGACAGUUCUGAAAUCGAUGUGGAUAUCAUCAUCAAGUGUACCGGCUUCCAUCUGAACGACGAGGUUCCUGAGGUGGUGGGAUCCUCCAAGAUGCACCCCUACGGGCUCAUAGAUUACAACCUCAACUACCAGGCUGAGCCUUUGCUGGACUGGGGCCAGUUCGGCAGCUCCAAAGCGGACGCUGCAGUGGAAUCUCCCGCCAUGAAAGAGAUCAAUGAGAUCCUCACCAAGCCAGAAUUCCACAAGGGCCUGGAAGUUUACCGCAAUGUUGGGUUGGACGAGGGCCCGCUGAAGCCACAAGGCAAUCCCUUUGGCUCAGGGCAGGGUGGCCCAAUCGAUUGCCUCUCCCGCUACUUUGCCUGGCUGGUGGAUCAUCCUGAGGAACAGGCCUCCUUACUCAAGCAUAGCGGCGCUCCAUCACAGGAGAUGGUGCAGCUGUGGUCAAGCCAGAUCGGCCAAAACAACACAGCUACUCUCACAAGGUUGAUAUGUGCACUGGCUGCUCUGGACAAGUCGGUGCCGAGUGUGCCUGUUGCUCAUGGAGCCAAGCGGGCGCUGCUUUUCCCAGGUCAAGGUUCCCAGAAUGUCGGCAUGUUAUCACAAUGCAAAGACCUGCCCGCGGUGCAGAAGAUGAUCGCUGCGGCAAAUUCCAUCGUCGGCUACGACCUGCUGGAGGUGUGCCUUACAGGGCCCGAACACAGGCUCGAGGAGACGAGUGUAUGCCAGCCGGCCAUGUUCCUCGCAGGCAUGGCCGCUUUGGAAGUGUUGCGCGAGAGGGAUGCUGCCAGCCCGCGGGCGGUGGCUGGCCUUUCGUUGGGCGAGUACACUGCCUUGUGUGCCGCUGGGGUGCUGGACUUUGAGGAUGCCAUGAUGCUUGUGAUGAUCAGAGGUACGGCAAUGGCUGAGGCAUCAAUGAAGACUCCCCAGGCAAUGAUAUCUAUCGCUGGCUUGGACCGUGCCACUGUGGAAAAGCUCUGCUUGGAACAAGCACAAGGAGAAGUUUGUCAAAUUGCGAACUCCCUGUUCAGCAACGGCUUCGCUUGUGCAGGGGCAAAGUCCGCAAUUGAGAGACUGGAGCAGAGUGCGCGGGACAAAGGAGCAUUGCAAGUAAAAGCCAUCAAAACAUCUGGUGGUUUCCACACGGAGCUCAUGAGACCAGCUCAACACACCCUGGAUGAUGCGUUGAAAGGCCUUGAGCCCAGAAUGAAGCCGCCAAUCUGUGACGUGUAUAUGAAUGUAACUGGGAAGAAGAUCUCAGCGGGGACUUCGCCCAAGGAGAUCCUGCCGUUGUUGGCCCAGCAGCUGUGCUCUCCAGUGUUAUGGGAGUCAUGUAUCAGGUCGAUGAUUGCUGACGGCAUCGAGGAGUUUAUAGAGGUUGGUCCCAACAAGCAGCUGACCGCCAUGAUGAAGCGAAUCGAUCAGAACGCCUGGGGCCGCAUGACGAAUGUGGACAUUUGA